UUUCCUCGCCGACCAGAGAGCGAGCGGGCCCAUGACGGGCUACACCAAGCAAUAUAUAUCCUUCGGGCCAACGGUGGCCGGUGAGCGUCAUUUGGGCUCGGGUUUGUUCGGCGCUCAAAGCAGAGCCGGACCAAACUCGUCGACGUCAGGCUUUACUCCGACUUCAACGUCGUCUACUACAGCGAGCAGACAUGCUUUCACAACGUAUUAUUGCCAUUGCACGCGGGCGGAGCGUGGUAUCUGGCAGCCGCGCGAGCGCGAUUGCGCUCUCCCGAGCAUGGUGCGUUGCAACCUACCUGCGGGGUUUUCGCGCUGCUCAUCAUGUCCGUCCAACGAGCAGGGAGGCUUCACAUUCAUAUACUAGGAAGGCCAAGUUUCACUCUUCAAAACUUUUGCAAGCUGAGACCGUGAAGGUCCCUCAGAUGGCGGAGUCGAUCUCCGAGGGAACCCUGAAGUCGUGGCUCAAGCAACCGGGCGAGUUUGUCAACGCAGAUGAGGAGGUUGCCACCAUCGAGACCGACAAGAUCGACGUCUCUGUUAACGCGCCGACCGCCGGCACUAUCACAGAACUGCUUGCCAGUGAGGAGGAUACUGUUACUGUUGGACAAGAUCUCUUCCGCAUUGAGCCCGGUGAAGGCGGAGCUGCGUCGCAACCCAAAGCGGAGUCGAAAGAGGAGCAGACCGACAAGACCUCGGAGAAGACUCCGCCGCCUCCGUCACCCGCCAAGGAAGACGUGAGACAAGAAGAUACUGCCGGUGUGCAGGAGGGCACACAAGACCAGACGCAUUCAACACUGUUCAUUAACAAGUCCUGA